UGGUUAGAGGAAGGACAUGGAGGCAACUACUUAGCUCAUCUCGGCUGCGGAGAAGCGAAGGAGCCUCCGCUCCAGCCCAGCUGCCGGUGGUGUAAAAGCAGCUGAUUCAGCCCGCGGAGGAGCAGGGAGGGGUGCUCCGCAGGAUUCCCCCAGCCGCGCCGAGCCAGCUCGCCGCCUGCCCGGGACUACCGCGGGGCCGAGCGGCCGGGAAGGGGGCGAGAGAGGCGCCGGAGGACCGGGUUGGGAAGGAACCCCGCGUCCCAGCCGCGUCCCGGAUGCGGACUGUCAACUUCCAGCAACUUUAAGAUCCCCGCGGCUCCCCUAGCGAAGAUGCCUCGCCCGGGCAGAAACACGUACAGCGACCAGAAGCCUCCCUACUCCUACAUCUCCCUGACCGCCAUGGCGAUCCAGAGCUCCCCGGAGAAGAUGCUGCCCCUGAGCGAGAUCUACAAGUUCAUAAUGGACCGGUUCCCCUACUACCGGGAGAACACGCAGCGCUGGCAGAACUCCCUGCGCCACAACCUCUCCUUCAACGACUGCUUCAUCAAGAUCCCGCGCCGCCCCGACCAGCCGGGCAAGGGCAGCUUCUGGGCGCUGCACCCCAGCUGCGGGGACAUGUUCGAGAACGGCAGCUUCCUGCGGCGCCGCAAGCGCUUCAAGGUGGUCAAGUCGGACCACCUGGCCCCCAGCAAGCCGGCCGACGCGGCGCAGUACCUGCAGCAGCAGGCGAAGCUGCGGCUCAGCGCCCUGGCCGCCACGGGCACCCACCUGCCCCAGAUGUCCACCUACAACCUCGGCGUGUCGCAGCCGUCCAGCUUCAAGCAUCCCUUCGCCAUCGAGAACAUCAUAGCCCGAGAGUACAAGAUGCCCGGGGGGCUCGCCUUUUCCACCAUGCAGCCCAUGCCGGCCGCCUACCCGCUCCCCAACCAGUUGACUACGGUGGGCAGCUCCAUCGGCACGGGCUGGCCCCACAUGUACGGCUCCGGCAUGAUCGACACCGCCACCCCCAUCUCCAUGGCCAGCGGCGAGUACGGCGCCUACGGCGUGCCCAUCAAGCCGCUCUGCCACGGGGGGCAGACUUUGCCGGCCAUCCCCGUCCCCAUCAAGCCGACCCCCGCCGCGGUGCCGGCCCUGCCCGCUCUGCCCGCGCCCAUCCCCACCAUCCUCUCGAACUCGCCGCCCUCCCUCAGCCCCACGUCCUCGCAGACGGCCACCAGCCAGAGCAGCCCGGCCACCCCCAGCGAGACUCUGACCAGCCCGGCGCCCGCCCUGCACUCGGUGGCCGUGCACUGACCCGCGCCGCCCGCCUCUCCCCGCGCUCCUCUCGCCGCCUCUACCCCGCUCCGCUCUCCUCCCUUCCUCGCAAGCCGGGAACCUGCCCGCAGCAGGCCGAGGGUGGCGGCUACGCGGGCUGUCUCGGCGCCGCUGCCCUACCCUAACUUUGGCCUCGGUUCCCCAGAGGCGAAGCGAAGCGAAGCCGCCCGCAGGCCCGAGGGGGCUGCGGGCAACCUGGCUGGGCAGGACGCUGGGCGAGCCUGGCCUGGCGCUGCUUCCUGCCCUUCCUUUGUUUGGGGACGGGCAGGGGCUUAAGACAGGACCGAUCCUAAAAUCCACGACCGGAGUGGCACGGCUGCGGCCCCCUGCCCGAGAGCAGCGACGCUUCUCCAGCCUCCGAGUAGGGAACCCGCGGACCCCGCGACCCCGGCAGGCGCCCGGGCCCCUUGUGCGGCUGCGGGACCGGCUGAGGGGCCGCCCCGCAGAGGAGCAGGAGCGCAGCGGGGCAGGGCAGGCGCCGUGCAAGGGGCAUGCAGCUGCGGCGUUCAAAGCGCCUGCUCCCAUGUAAAUACUGGGCUUGCAUCUGUACUGUAAGUCACACGAGGUCCCCUUCGCAGUACCUGUUGUAACGUGGGUAUUUGCCAUAGUUUGCAGGUGGAAGAGAAGGCGAAGGCGAUUUGUCUGUUAACUUCCGAUUCAUUUGAAGGUUGGGGGAGCUGGGGGGCUCUUUCUUUGCUAAUUCUGCAGCUGUUCGUUCCAUAGCUCACAAACCAACAAUACCAAUAAAAAUAAACCUGUCACAAGCACACCACGCUGCACAGCUUAAGGAAAGCUGCUGCAGUCCCUGCAGCAGCAUGGCGAGGGCCGGACUGCGGAGGUAACCCUUGCUUCUGCUGGAGCCUUGCAGGUGGGAGAGAGGGGGCUAGGGAAACUGUACAUGUUUGUCAAUAGGAAUGAUUAUAAAACGUGUAAAAUGCACUUUUGUUUGAAAUACUUUCUAGUUUUAGGUAGUUUGCUGGAAACUGAACUGUUCUGUCGUGAACUGCUUAAGUUAAGGAAAAGAAAAAAGCCACAAGCAGCGUUAGCGUCUAUUGAAACUGUAAAGAAAUUUCUUUUUAACUUUUUUCUUCCUGUACAGAAUGAGCAUGACAUUUUAAGUAUUGAUGUUCUCGUUCCCAGCAUGUGUGUUUUAAAACAAAGGUAAAAAAAGUGUCUACGUUAAAUUAUGAACCUAGUCGUCCAAAUAAUAUUUUCUCAUUAAAAUAUGUAAAUGCA